GAGCUUUUGAGCCGAACGUCAAACGUCCAGUCAUAACACAUCGUGCGUGUUUUGCACGCGGAUUGUUUUCUACAGUUUUUGGACAAUUUUCUUCCUAUAAUUUGGCAAAAUGGGACGAAAAACAAAGUUAGGAAAAACCCGGAAGGACAAGUUCUACAAACUUGCAAAAGAAACAGGAUAUCGCUCCCGUGCAGCCUUCAAGCUCAUUCAGCUCAACAGGAAGUUUGGUUUCUUGCAAGAAUCACAGGUAUGCGUUGAUCUCUGUGCAGCUCCUGGAGGCUGGAUGCAAGUGGCAAAGCAGAAUAUGCCCAUAUCGAGUAUCGUGGUGGGAGUUGAUCUGUACCCCAUCAAACCCGUUGGGGGCUGUAUUGGCCUCGUGGGCGACAUCACGACGGAUCAGUGCAAAACAGCCCUUGCUAAAGAACUGGGUAAUUGGAAGGUGGACGUUGUGCUUCAUGAUGGAGCCCCAAACGUCGGUAAGAAUUGGCUGCAUGAUGCCUUUCAGCAGAUUACACUGACCCUGAGCGCCCUAAAGCUCGCCACACACUUCCUGCGCCCUGGUGGGUGGUUUGUAACGAAAGUCUUUCGAUCAAAAGAUUACAAUGCUCUGAUUUGGGUACUGAAGCAACUCUUCCGGAAAGUCCAUGCCACAAAACCUUCAGCUUCGCGAAAAGAAUCAGCUGAAAUUUUUGUCGUCUGCCAAAACUACGUUGCUCCGGACAAAAUAGAUCCUAGGCUUCUGGAUCCGAGAUAUGUAUUUGAGGAGUUGGAUAUGGAGACAAAAACCAAGGGGAGUGUCCUGCAUCCGGAAAAGCAGAAGAGAAUUAAAGCGGAAGGAUAUACAGAAAAGGAUUUUAGUUUGCGGCAUGAAUUGCCAGUUUCCCAAUUCAUUCAGCAUCCAAAUGGGAUUGUGGCACUUCAGGGUGUGAGUGAGAUUGUCUUUGACGAUGACAAGAUAGCCCAACAUCCGAAAACAACUGAAGAGAUCCGGGAAUGCUGUCGUGAUAUCAAAGUUCUGGGACGAAAGGAUCUCAAAGCUUUGAUUGCUUGGUGGAAAAUCCUCCAUAAGGAGUUUGAGGAGGAGAAAAAGCCUGUGGUUGCAGAAAUACCAGCUGAAGUGCCUGAAAUAUCGCCUGAAGACCAGGAAGAUCAGGAAAUUCAGGCUCUUGAAGCUCAUGUAGCCGAAGUGGCACUUGAGGAAGCAAAAGAUGCCAAGAGGCGCAAGAAGAAGGCCAAUAAACUUCGAUCAAAGCUCAAUGAGAAGAUGAACUUGAAGAUGGUGCUCAAGGGAGAUGAAGGUCCACGGGAAGAAGCUGAUGAUGAAGUCUUCAGCCUGAGGAACAUCAAUUCUGCUAAGCGUCUUGAGCAUCUCGAGGAUCAGACACCAGAUAUUCUUGCUGAUUCAGAUAACGAAGCUGAUUCUGAGUUCAGGCCGAAAUUUGUGAGAUUCUCCACGGAAAAUGCCAUCUACGAUGAUGAGGGGAAUGUUGUUGAAGGACAAGUCUCAGACUUUGAACUGUCAUCUUCAGAGGCGGAUUCAGACUUGGAUCAGGAGGGUCUUGGGCUGUCAGGAGAUGAGGAAGAGGCGGGAAACGCGGAAGAUGUCGCCAGGGCACGGGAGGUUCAAGCAAAGCUCCGGGCGACAAAUCCUCUACUGAUGGACCUCGAUCUCCGAGACAAAGACACCAAGAGGAACCAGAGAGUCCAGUUUUGGUUCGAAAAGGACAAUCUCAAGGGACUGCAGGACGAAGAGGACGAGGAAUUCGACCUGGACAGGAUUACGACAGAGUUCAAGAAGAAAGGAGUGAAGAUUUUGGGGAAGCAGGAGGAAUUGGAAAUGCCGCUAGGGAAGAAAGCCAAGAGGAGAGCCAAGCAUCAGGUGGACAAGGAAGACAGCGACACGUCGGAUUCAGAGGACGAGGAAGAAAGAGGAACUGUAGAUCCCACAGAAACUACCCCAAUCCACAAAGUGGUACAGAACGUGGGCGGAAAGGCAGGAUUCGACGUAGUGUCCAAGGAACCCGUUCGCAAGAAGAUCCGCCUGAGUGAGGAAGAACUAGCCCUGGGUGCUCUUUUGGCCACAAGUCGUCGGAAGCGACGGGAUCUUGUGGAUGCAGCUUGGAAUCGCUAUACCUUCGGCGAUGAUGAUCUGCCCGAUUGGUUUGUCAAGGAUGAACAGAUGCACAUGCGAAAGGAAGCUCCAGUACCCAAGGAACUGGUCAGUGAGUACCGUCGACGUGUGGAUGAGAUAAAUAUCCGACCAAUUAAGAAGGUAAUGGAGGCCAAGGCCAGGAAGAAGAAACGAGCUCUCAAGAGACUGUCGAAAGCCAAGAAGAAGGCAGAAGCUGUGCUUGAGAAUCCAGAUGCAAGUUCCCAAGAAAAGAUCAGACAGAUCCGGAAGCUGUACAAGAAGGCUGAGGAUAAGAAGAAAGAAGUAACGUACGUAGUGUCUAGGAAGGCAUUUGCAGGAAAGAAACCAAGGCGACCAGCUGGAGUCAAAGGACCAUACAGAAUUGUUGAUCCUAGGCAGAAGAAGGACAAGAGGGGUAUGGCAGCCAAGGAAAGACGUAGCAAGAAGAGAAAGUAAUCAUCAGGCUCGAAGGCUGUCAAUUUAGAUUGGAUACUGACUAAUAAACUAUACUACCGAGGAUUAUAA